ACUAAAAAUAAAAUUUUGAAAAUUUUUAGAGAAAGCAAGGAAGUGCUAAAAUUUUCUGUUAACGCAUGCGCAGAGAAAUAAAUUUAAAAAAAAAAAAAUUAAAAAAAGUGUAAGCUUCGAAUAAAGUGGCAACAUUUUUGUUGCAGUGGGGAAACAUAAACUUUUUCACUGAUUGCAUACAAAACUAUACCCAAAAUGAUUGCUUAAAAACAGGAGAAAAAUCAGUUCCAAUGCAUGCUUAUAAGAAAUUAAUUAAUUUUGGCUAAAAUUUAUUCGCAAAUCCGUUGAAAAUGUGUGCGGGGUGUUAAGUGAAUUUCGGUAAUUAAAAAAAAAAAAAAAAAACAAAAAAAUAAAAUAAAUAAAUAAAAAAGUGUGGAGAAUUGUGCUAAUUAAAAAAAAAUUGUGUACAAAAUAUGCCCUGCAACAACUGGGCCUCAGUAACUUGCUAGCAUAACUCAGUGGCCAACGUGCAAGAAGUGGCAAAAUGACUGCAGCGUGCAACAAAACCCACUUCCGCCUCAAAUUAAUAUGCAAAAUGCGAAAUAAACCGAGCAGUGUGUGAAAAUUAAAAAAAAAUUAUAAAUCCCGUUAAGCAAAUAGUUGUGUGUGUAGUGCAGAAUUAAGCGUAAGUGUCAUUGAAACAAUGUCUGCCACUUCAAAGACAAACAUAGCAACAGACAGCGCAAAUGAUAACGCCAACACUACUGCCAACAACAGCACGUCCCACAACAACAGCAAUAGCAGUAGUGCUGGCGCAACUCCAGCAAGCAAUAAAUUAGAAGUUUCAACAACAAAUAGCCACAACAACAACACUGCCAUUAAAAAUACCUCAGCAGCAGCCAGCACAAGCUCCUCAAGGCAGCCAGCCGAAGCCACCAACAACGUUGCGCCGCUACUUUCGCUCUUCGAUCAGCUCAAGAAUAGCGCCAAUCUCAAUAAUAUCAAAUGCGGCAACAACAACAACGACAUCGGCGAAAGUAAACUGAAAGCACCCAAGAAUCUCACCGAUUGGCGUAGAUUGGCCGAGGAUGAUAGCAGCAACAACAGUGCGUCCAGUUGUAGCAGCAGCAGUGGCAGCGAUAGCAGCAUUUGCAACGCCGGCGGCGCAGCAGCGAGUAUUGGCUUGCAUGAGCGCACGUUUAUAGACUCUUUCCAGCAGCAGUUUGUGGCCGCUGUUUUAGGCAAAGCCAGCAGCAGCUGCAACAAUAGCAGCAACAGCACACUAAAGACAAUCAAAAAAGUUACGACACCAGUCACUGCCAAAUUGGACCAUGCCACAGCGAGCAACAGCAAUUGCAGUAGUGUUAGUGUAAGCAAAAUGCAUGGGAAAGAAUUCGAAAAGUCGCCUGCCGCAAAGGAGCUUACGCUGGCGGCAAUUGCCGGUGGCAGCAAAGAUGCAAAAGAUGCGGAGGCAUGCAACAGCAUUUUAGAUCUCACUUUACAGCCCGCCGCCAAGCGUAAUAUGUGCUUAAGAGCGCCGGCCAACAAAGGCAAGGCAGAAAUUAAGGCCACAGCCACUGCCACAGUCGAUGCAAGCAGCCAUGCCACAGCGGCACCUGCAUUAUGUAAGAGCAGCGUGGACAAGUUAAGCGACAACACCGCCAACAGCCCGUGUUGCAGCAACGCUGAUGCGCGUGUUGACAGCAAAUUGUGCAACACCACCGCAAACGCCUGCAAUGCCGUUAAUCAGGCGGUGGGCAGUGAGAGCGAAAGUGCCAGCAAGCAUGGCAACAACAAAAGCAAUAGCAAUGUUAGCGAACACAAUAGACUGAGCCACGGCAAUGCUAAUUGCGUGUCAAAAAAGCUAACCGGCGCGAGCCAACAACAGCAAACGCAACAACCACCACAAAAGCAAAUAAAAUUCCCCAUGCCUACACUGCCACCGCCCUCGUCGGCGGUGAGCGCCGCAGCUAAGCCCGCUGUCGAUAGUAAAAGCCGCAAAAGCAAUAACAACACAAUAACAACUGCAACGGUUGGCAGUGUCGGCAUUGUGCGUGGCACUAAGCGCGCAGCCGGUGCAGCAACAGAGGCUGAUGCAGCUGCCACAACCUCUUUGACUAGCUUCACUACACCGGCCUCUGUGGCACCGCUAACGGCGCAUUACUUCGCGCUAACCAAGCGACAAAAGCAGGCGUCCACGGCUACAACAACAAUGAACAAUUCCGCACAUUUCUCCACCGGCUUACUAAGUGAUCAACAACAAAAACGAUAUAUGGACAAUUUACGCGCUUUACUCGAUUCGGAUAAGCUAAGUUCGGCUUACGCGCGUAACCAGAGCGGCAGCGACCUCAAGUCUGUCGUCUAUUCAGCGCUCACGAGCGCUUUAUGCGGUGGUAACAGUGCUACGGCCACAACAGCUAGCAAGCUGUUGGCAGCCGCUAAUCAAGCGAAGAAGAAACGCAAGAAGAAGCGCUGCACGGAUCGGUGUGAUUCAUCGGAAUCUUCAGACAGUGGUGUCGUGAUAUCACUUAGCAGUACCGACUCUAGCACUGGUUGCAGCGAGGAUGCUUCGGAGCCGGGAUCGCCAUUUAGUCAGAACUCAAUAAUAGGUGACGAACAGCAUAGCAACUCGCCCGCCAAGGCCAAUAAAAGCAGCGCUGAAAACCAUACAAUCAUGCCACCACAGACUACAAUACUGGCAGCGGCGAAUAACAGUACCAACAGCGGACAGGCGACCAGUAAUAGUGCGAAUGGAUCGUCCAGCGGCGCUAGCGGUUAUACACAAACUGUCACAGGAACAAAUAGCAAUAACAGCAACAACACUGCCAAAUUAAAACAAAUUCAACAACAACAACCACAACAAAAGAACAAUAACACUGCCACUGUCCGCAAUGGACUCCCUACUCUUCAAUGGCCGUGGAACAUACCGGCAAGUAGUAGUACUGCACACACCACAAACACAUCAGCAUCCGUGCAAAACAGCAAGAAACGCGGUGCCGUUAGUGCGAACACCGCAGACAAUAGCUCAGGUAAAAAGGCACGAAACACAAGUGCAGAUAGUACAACAAAUGGUGCAACCGCAGCGUCAACUGGCAACGUGUCUGCAGCCAGCGCUGCAAAAAGACUGAAAGCGGCGGCAUUGGAGGAGUCGCAAACAAAAAUCACUGGUUACUUCAAGUCUCAAAUGAAGUCUCAAAUUCAUCAAAGUAACUUAACAAAGCGCAAUAUGGAAUCUGUACUGAUUGCCACAUGCAGUUCAUCAAGCUCGGGUCUCAACACAACUUCGCUCACGAUGAGUGCGCCAGCCACCACAGCAUCACUAAAUAAAUAUUUCAACAUUUUAGAACAGUUGAAGGAAAAUAGCCACAAUAAUGGCAGCGGAAGUAGCAACAACAGUAAUGUUACUAUUUCAAAGCCAACGCUAGUUGCUUCAUCAUCAUCAUCAUCCAUAAAUAGUAAUAUAAUUGCUGCAGCACCACCCACGCCGACCUCCAUCGCUCCAGCCGCUUCCACAUAUGUUACACCAGCGUCCGGAUCGGGUGGCGUCGUAGCACUGACUUCCGCUACUGCCAUGUCCUCUAUGCCUGUGCCUGCUUUGAAGAAAAUCGAACGCAGCAAACCGACUAAAAUAGCACAGGUCGCACCGAAUUUACGGAAAACCCCCUCCGCUUCGGGCAACUACAGUGGUGCAACAGGCAAGUCGCCAGCCAAGAAACAUGUCGCUAUAGCGCCGAGGACGCCCGAAAUGAAGCAACAACAAAUUCAGCAGCAGCAACAACAGGCGGCAGCAAAAGCCGAAGCAGCUGCAGCCAAACAAACAAGCACAGCAGUAAGCACACAACAGCCCCAAACUGCAACGCAAGUGAGUGCAAAUCAGCCAGCAGUCCUACUUACUGCGAUACGUUUGCCUACUCAAACCACAACGGCACCGACAGCGACGGCAACCGCGCAGCUGAAGCAAACUGUAUCACCACCGAAAUUAACACCGGUUGCAACUGCUACUGCGACCACCACAACCGCCGCACCCACCACCGGACAAACGCUUUAUCAACUGCCCGCAGUACAACUGCCAAAUUUAGUGCAACUGCCGCAGUUGUUGGCUGCCACCAACGGUGCCAAUAUCAUGCAGUUGAACAACGUGGCCACGGCCGCUAAAAACGCCAAUCCUACAGCGUCCGCCGCAGCCGCAGCCACAUCUGCGCAGGCAGCUCAAGCUGCAGCCGCACAAUAUUUCCUCAAUGGCACCGUCUUCAAACUGCAGCAAUUCACAACCGCAACCACCACGACGGCAACGUCCGCUGUAGCCGCCGCCAGUGCCGCCGCCACCGCGAAUCCAUUUAACCUGAUGACUGCCGCAGACCUGCAAGAAAUACUCAUUAAGCAGCAGCAACAGCUUCAACAACAGCAACAACUGCAACUGCAACAACAACAGAAAGCGGCUGCAGUAGCGGCAGCAGCAGCCGCGUCAGCCACUGCCCAAGCUACUAAUACUAGUUUCCAAGAAAUCUUCCAGCAGCAAAUUGCCGCGGCUAUUGCGGCAAAUCAACAGCAACAACAGCAGCAGCAGUUUCAACAGUUGCAACGCUUGGGCGCCGCCGCUGCACAGCCGGUAUUCAUGGCCACUCCAGCUGGCCUACUAUUGAACGCCGCCUCAUUGCCGGCUAUGCUGGCACAAGCGGCCGCUGCUUUGGCUGUCAAUAACAAUCAGCAGCAACAGCAAAAACAAAUGCAAAUGCAGCAGCCCCAUCCACAACAGCUGCCGGCACUGCAGCCAAUACAACCCAGCGCUUUGCCAGCGCUAAGUUCCAUUUUCGCUGGUGCAGCGCAGCAACAACAACAGCAGCCUCACUCCUCCCACGACCAGCAUACUGACUUCCAGCAGCAGCAGCAACAAUUGCUAGCGUUUUUGCAACAACAACAGCAGCAGCAACCACAAUUCAUAACAACAAGCCAGCCACCUCCGUUAUCGGCUGUAAAUUCGACUUCGCCGCAAACUGCAACUGCCGCUGCCACUCUAACGCCACUGCCAUUAAAUGCGUCUUCAACUGCAACUCCUGCAAAUAACGCAAACACUGCCAAACUGGCCAUCGUAAAAGCGACCACUGCCUCCACACAACCGCAACAGUUUGCCGCGCUCAAUUCGCAACCGCCGCCAUUAGUCACCAUUUCACACGGCAAAGCACGCGCGACUGCAAUAGCACCGGCCACUGCCACCAGCGCCGCCUCCAACGCUAAUACAACGGCGAACAAGCCGGCCGCACUGGCGAAGCCAUAUCAAAAGCGCAUGCCGAAGGUGGCGCCAGCGCCCGUGCCAGUAGCGCCAGCACCGAGCAAACCCGCGCUGGCGAACACUAAAGCGAAAAUUUCCACUGGCUGCAAAAUCAUUGCCUCACCCACCACGCCGCCGCCACUGGUGCCAGCGCUCAGCAGCAAUAACAGUAGUGGUGUUAACAGCGUGGCUUCCGCACCCAGCAGCCGUGCCGCUCCAGUGGCGAAGCAACUGCUACCGACCAGUGGACUGCCAACGCCGGCGCUCAUUAGCAUUGCACCCGCACCUGCGACAAUCACAACAACCACAACUGCAGCAAUUAGUGCAGCGGCUGUGCCGAGUGCCAUGAAAGUAACUGCUUUGCCGCCACUUGCGCCCAAACUAACGCCGGUCGCAGCAUCGAUUACAACAACAGCUGUGUCAUCCAUCGCGGUAACGGCAACUGCAGCGAAGGCGAUCGUCACGAGCGCUGCCGUCACAGCGACAACAACCACAACAUCCACCCCAGAUCUCUUCGAUUUAGUAAAGAAUUCGAAUGGCGCCAUCACUAUAUCAGCGCCAACUACCAUUAGUAACAGCAAUAACAACAAAUGUCACAACAAUACAUUCAAUAAGUGCGCAGCGCUACUGCCAUCAUUCUGCAACUCAUCGCUGUCAUCAUAUUCAUCUGCAUCAUCGCCCUCGCUCUGCUCCUCCACGCAUACCGUCUCCAGCGAUGGCUUUUGCUCGAAGAUCAAGGAGGAGCCCUUGGAUGAAGUGGCCAAUGCUCCCUCAGCCAACACUUCGGAUAGUGGUAUCAAAUUGGAGAGCUUCAAUGCGUCCACACAUAGCCAAACGUUAUCGGCAGAUAUUAAGGUUGAACUGAUGGAGGACACUACCAAAAUGUACCCGUCAACCGUCAAUAGUAUUUCGACUAGCAUUGGCAACAGUAUCACGCACGCGAAUGAUUACUCAUCGUAUUCCUUCAGCUCACACUCGAAUUCGGUCUCCUCGGCCGCUGAUCUUUCACUAGAAGCAUCUACCCCACCGUCGCUCUCUUCCCUGUCCGCCUCUUGCUCAUCCGCACCCUCGCCGGUACCUUCCUCAUCGGUGGGCGCAUCACCGCGCAAUUCCCCGCCGCCAUUGCCGCCAACACAGCCAUGUGAAUCCAAUUCAGCUUCCCUAAGCUCGGAAUCCUCCGCUUCGUGUGUCACGGCCGCUACUGGCAGAGAUAUGCUGAGCGAAAUGGUUACAUCGUCUUGCAUAUCAUCUAAUCUCGCUUCGGAAAUGUCCAAUUCGGCUGAUGGCUCGACCACACACGAGAAGUCAUUAACGUCCGGCCUCGAGGAUGUCGAGAAAGAUGGAAGUGCGGACGAGGAGAGCAGCGAAAAGCGUGACUUGCCCACCCCCGAGUCCGGCAUAGGUGGCAGUUUGACGGCUAGUGAAAGCAGCGAAUCCAUCGUCAGCACAAUUUCCAACAACAGCAGCAAAGCUGAAAUUAUCGCCAACAUUAUCAAUUCAAUCGACUCAAAUUCACCGCCACCCACGCCACUGUCUACGAUUAGUGCUGGCAGCGCAGAAAGCGGCAGCCACAUUAGCCACGCCAUUGCUGACAUCAAUUCCAACAGCAGCAAUGCAGCAACGCCAAUCUCAUCAUCAUCACCAGCUAACAGCGCUGAUUCAAACACCAAUUCUACCUCCAAUAGUGCCGUACCCUCAGCACCGAGUUUGCCGAAUAGCAUCGAUAACAGUAAUUCGAAUAGCUGCACAAGCAGCAGCAACAGCAGUGUCAGCGGCGAGCCACAAUCGACCACCAGCAGCAAUUGCUUCAACUCAACACCGACGCUCAUCGACACCAAGCUCGCGGAGUCUGCGAGUGAAGCGCUGCCCAAGUGCGCCAUCUCGCCCAUACUCUCGCAGCCGAAAACUAUACGCUUCCCUGCAGAGACAGGUGGUUUUCGGUAUGGUCCUAAAGGUGCUAAACGUCACGACGGCGUCUGCUACUGGGAUAAAUGCAAUAAGAAGCAUGAUAGCUGCUCCAAAUUGUUGGAUCACAUGCAGACACUACACGUCAAUACGCAAACUGGACCGUUUUCAUGCCUCUGGGUCGGUUGCAAGGUGUACAAUAAGGAAUCGUGUUCGCGUCGCUGGUUGGAACGACACGUGCUAUCUCAUGGCGGCUCGAAGCAAUUCAAGUGCAUUGUCGAAGGUUGCGGCUUACGUUUUGGUUCACAGCUCGCUCUUCAAAAACACGUAAACAAUCAUUUUACGGCUACCGAAAAUAAGGAGAGCUCCAAUAAGCGUACCUCGGAUCCGCCAGUGCCCAAACAGCUGCGUAAGAAUGGCAAAAAGCUGCGCUAUCGACGUCAACCAUUUUCAGCGCGUAUGUUCGACUUCUUUGAUUCCGGCAUAAUGGAGGGUCUCCAGCAUCGUCUGCGGCAAAUAAGCCUACUUUCAACGAGCUCCAACACAAUAACGUUUCAGGGUCAGUGCAUGAUGCGCCGCAAAACACAGCAAGGCAGUUACGAGAGCUUUAUUCGUUGGUCACCGCGUGAAAUCAUUUCCGACGAGUGGGUGCCGGCUUGCGAUGGGCCUUACACGAAAACAGUUAACAUUAAACGUAUGCGUCCCGCGGAGAAGAUAAAGGUUGAGAGCCUACUCAUGACCGCUUACAAAAUGCCAUAUUCGCCAAAUCUUUUCGACGACGUCAGCGAUGAAGACGACGAUGAUGAUGAGGAGGCCUCCGAUGAUGGCGAUGACGAUGAUGAAAAUAAUGAUGGCGACGACACCACCGAAUUGGCGACUUUAGUGGAAACGGUGCGCAGCUCACAACAGCAGAGUGCGCUUGCAAUUUCCCGUAAGCAAAUGCAACAACGUCGUAAGCAUCCACGUAAGCCGCUGAAACGCGUGCAUUUGGAUAAACCAUUGAACGUUUAACUCGCCGUGGCAAGCGCCAGCGCUGCUCAAUGAUCUCCUACUAAGAAUUAGGCAAUGUUUGUGGCAAAUGAAAAGUCUGCAAUAUAUGAGUUAAGUGUUUAAUUUGUUAAGGCUCAUGGACAACAAGAAAUACAACAACAAUAAGAACAGCAACAGCGCAUACUACGCAGCAGUCAUACAUAAUUCAGCAUAUAGUAA